GUUGUUUCAUCCGUUGACUUUUUUAUUGCGAAGUUUUUGUCAUGGAUGCAGUGAAUACCAUGGACAACUGGAAAAAUAAGGACCCCCACAUGAUUGAUGAAGUGACUGACAACCAUCAAGACAUCAUGGACAGCCUGAACAGAAAUGUGCCGGAACAUUGCAGACAGACGCACCAGGUGCUGCAGGGAACCCCUCUGGACCUGAUCGAGACGGGGAAGACGCUGAAGGUCCAGGCCGAUCGUCCCCACCUGGUCAGCCUGGGGAGCGGCCGCCUGAGCACGGCCAUCACGCUGCUUCCUCUGUCAGAGGGAAAGACCACACUUGGACAUGGAAACACCGACAUCAACAUCCAGGGCCCUGGCGUCACAGCCCAACACUGCUACAUUGAGAACAAGGGAGGCAUCAUCAUCCUCUACCCCUGUGGGAACCUGUGCUCCAUGGAUGGCCUAAAGAUCACCAAACCCACGAGACUUUCACAAGGGUGCAUGCUGUGCUUCGGUCAGUCCGCCUUUUUCCGCUUCAACCACCCAGAGGAGGCCCUGAGGAUGAAGAACAUGAUGCCAGGAGGAGGAAGCCACGGCCCCACCAGCAGCUACAGGACCCACACAGAAUCACACUCCAUGCUAAACGGGAACCAUCAGCAGGGGGGUCGUGAGGGGAGUCGCCCGGGUCACGGCACCCUGGUCCGGUCCAUUGAGCAGGACCUCCAGGACAUCAUGGACUCUCUGGUCAUGGACGAUGCCCAGUCGUCCACCUCCUCCGAGUCCCGUAAGCUGCCCCACAACCCCAUCCCCCAGUCGCCGCUCUCCCCCGUGAUGAACGGAGGCGGUCGCUUCCCGGCGUCCUCCCCCACCAGCCCCGGCGCCAUGUCGGUGGGCUCCAGCUACGAGAACAACUCGCCGCCCUUCUCGCCCCUCUCCUCGCCCUCGGUCACCAGCAGCCAGGGGGGCCUGCAGGAGAUGGCCAACCCCCCGGUGCCGGCUCGCACCUCCAGCUUUAGCCACGGCACCCAGCCCCCGGUGCCCCAGCCGCGCUCCUCCGUGCCCAAGAGCGGCAGUGCCUUGGGGCACAAGGUCCAGGAGAGCCCCAGGCUUCACAGGAAGGCCUUGGUGGAGGCUCCGCCGAGCCCGUCGUCCACGCGCAGGGAUCCUACGCAGGCUCGAGGGUCCUCCUCCAUCCCCGUCCCCAUGGUUUCCGGGGACAGACAGGCUAGCGCCAGACUGACCCCCAAGUCGACUCCGACAUCGUCCUCUCCAGCCUCGUCCAGCCCGCGGUCCAGCGUGGGCUCCUCGGUGCAGGAGUGCCCUCCGAGCCCCAUGCGGCAGCAGGACUUCGCCCGCUCGUCCAGCCCGUCGAAGCAGCCCAGCCAGAUCCCGCGCCUGGCCCCGUCCUCCGUGGACGGCCCUCUCCACGCGGUCCAGCCCCAGCCUCGCUCGCUGCCCCCGGGGAGCCCGCAGACGGCCCGCCGCACCCUCCCUCCCCCCAGCCCGUCCACCGUCCGCAGAGGGGUGCCCGUCCUCCCGGGGGCGCUGCCCGGCGUCCCCCUCACCCCGCGCACCCCCCUGACCAAAACGGUGCCCGAGAGCCCCAGGCAGCACCGCAGGGUCACCUCCCCGGGGGGGGAGGAAGAGGGGGGCGGCUCGGCGGGGGUGAGGGGUCUGAGAGGGCGCAGCCCGUCCCCCUCCCGUCACAGGGACCACCCCGGCGGCCGGCAGAAGGCCGGGGCCGCCCUCGCCACCUCCGCUUUGGGCGCGCAGCCAGGGGUGUCGCCCCUCACCAGCCCGCGGGCCCAGAGGAAGGCUGGCCGGGACGGGCGGAUGGCGGCGGCGGCGCCCCCGUUUGGCCGCGAGCGCAAGAACAGCAUCUCGGAGAUCAGCGACAACGAGGACGAGCUGCUGGAAUACCACCGACGGCAGAGAGAGGAGAGGCUCCGCGAGCAGGAAAUGGAGAGGCUGGAGAGACAGAGGUUAGAGACGAUCCUGAGCCUGUGUGCGGAGUACAACAAGGGCGACGGCCCCUGUCCAGCCGGCGAGGUGGGCAAGGCGGGCCUCUUCCCUGGGAUGGAGGAGGGGGCCGUGCGGCGCCCCGGAGCUGACCCCGCAGGCGGGGUCUCCCAGCAGGGGCUGGGCCACAGGCAGAGGGAGAGCGACGAGGAGAAUCUCACCGAGGAGUGCAGCAGCACCGAGAGCCAGCACCAGGAUCACGAGGACGCCGGCCGCACAGGUGUGUCCUCUCAGCAGGAGCUGCCCUACCUGGAGGAGGAGCGCGUGCGCGUGCUGGCCCGCGUGGACGAGCUCAAGGCCCGCGUGACCGAGCUGGAGCAACAACUGCAGGAGUCCAGGCAGGAGGCUGAGAUGGAGCGGGCGCUGCUACAGGGUGAGCGGAGGGCGGAGCUUGAUCAGGUGCAGGCGGAGUUUGAGAUCAUUAACCAGCUGCAGUACAAGCUCAGUGACCUCGACAGCGCCACCCAGAGGGAGAAGGACAAGAAAGCGGAGGCUCUGGAGUCGGGCUCCAAGCGCUUCGAGGACCUGGAGUUCCGUCAGCUGGAGCGCGAGAGCGGCCUGGAGGAGGAGAAGGAGACGGUCAGCCGCCAGCUGCUGCAGGAGAAGGCCGACUACCACCGCAGCGUGGCCAAGAGGAAGGAGAGGAUGGCUGCGCUGGAGAUGCAGGCCAACCAGCUGGGGCUGCAGGCGGCGCAGGAAUGCGAGCGGAUGGCCAAGGACCGAACGCUGGCGCUGCAGAUGCUCCAGAAGGAGAGAGAGCAGCUGUCGAGCAUAGAGAAGCGCUAUCAUGAGCUGACCGGAGGGAGAAGUUUCCCAAAGCCUUCCAGCACCAUGAAGGAGGAAGUGCUUCAUAUCAGCGAGCCUGACCUCGUAGAAGAGGUCUUUCCCCAGCCGCAGCCCCUCGUCCACCCUCCUGCGUCCUACUGUCAGAGCCUUGCCCCUCACAUAAAUCCUCUCAGGCCCCAGGAGGAGUAUCUGAGGCUUUCUGAUGUCUAUAAGAUGUAUGGGUCCAGCAGUGUCCAAGCCCACACUACCUCCUCUCUACCCCUCAGCUACUCCUCUCUCCCUGUUAUUCCAGACUCUCCUCGCGAGUACAUUACGGUCGGUCAGUUAAACGAGCUCUACGGGAUGCCCAAGCUGGAUCCCUCGCCCACGUCCCCCCUCCAGUCAUUCCAACAGUCGAUCCCCGAGCCCCCGCCCACCAGCUACAGGUCGCUGUACGGCUCGUCCCGCUCUCUGGCGUCCGAGAGCCAGCCCGAGCUGAUCCGGCCUCACGGCCCCAGGCUUGAUUUAGAGCGCUGGUACCAGGACUUAAUGUCCGCUGGGGAGCCCAGCCAGCCGUGUCCUCCCCCGCUCCCGGCUAAGUCGCACUCCGGCCGCCGGCCCAUGCAGGUGUACCGCGGCAAGAUUGACGGAGAGGGGGGGGGGCAGAUGACCCUUACGCGGGGGAACACCAACGGGACGGCCACUCCGCCUCAGUCCGGCGCUGCCCUGCCGGGCAGGGAGACACCAACAAAGAUGCUCGGCCAUUCCUCCAGCCUCUCCAAGGAGCUGUCGGAGCUGUCCCUCACCCAUCUGGACCUGGAGACCAAGAGACAGCUGGCCAUGCAAAGCAGAGGCCAGUCGUUGGAUGAACAGAGGGGUCGUCCGGGGGAGCUGAAGCAGAGAUCUGCAGUGGAUCUGCAGAACCACUGGGGGGCGCUGCAGGGCUCCCAAUCGCAGCUCAACAUGUCGUUCCCCUCGUUUGGCAACAGCGGCGGCCCUGCCAUGGUGCACCACUCCAUCCUCCACCACCAGGCCCCGCCUCCCGGCGGAGAGCAGGCUUUUGACACCCUCAGCCUGGAGAGCUCCGACAGCGUGGAAACCAGCGUCUCCACGGGCAACAACUCUGCCUGUUCCCCGGAGAGUGGCAUCGGCAUGGCGGGCCUGAGGCUGGAGGAGAUGGAGAAGAUGCUGAAGGAGGCGCAGCAGGAGAAGGCCAGACUGGUGGAGAGCAGAGAGAGGGAGGCGCAGGCUCGGCGCCAGAUGCUGGAGGAGGAGCGCAGGAGGCGCGAGGAGGUGGAGAGGAGGCUGCAGGAGGAGACGGCGCACAGGCAGCGUCUGGUCGAGGAGGAGGUGAAGCUGAGGGAGAAACACUGCUCUCAGGCUCGUCCGAUGACCCGGUAUCUGCCAAUCAGGAAGGAGGAGUUUGACCUCCGCUCCCAUGUGGAGUCGUCUGGCCACUGCGUGGACACCUGUCCCUAUGUCAUCGUGAGCGAAAAGAUGUGCAAGGGGCAUCUCGUCAAAAUGGGCGGCAAGAUCAAGUCCUGGAAGAAGCGCUGGUUUGUCUUCGAUCGGCUGAAGAGAACCUUCUCCUAUUACAUAGACAAGCAUGAGACCAAGUUGAAGGGAGUCAUCUACUUCCAGGCAAUCGAGGAAGUUUACUACGACCAUCUUCGCAGUGCUACCAAGAGCCCGAAUCCUUCCCUGACGUUCUGCGUCAAGACUCACGACCGCCUCUACUUCAUGGUGGCUCCCUCGGCCGAGGCCAUGCGCAUUUGGAUGGACGUCAUAGUGACCGGGGCCGAGGGCUACACGCAGUUUAUGACCUGAUCGAGCUGAGUGCCCACCGGAGGGUCGCUUAAGUGAAGAGCGAGCGCGAGAGAGAAAGAGAGAGAAAGAGAGAGAGAGUGGUUGGGGUCUGGUCUGGCACCGCGGGGGCAGCACCGAAGGGGGCGAGGGGAGUCUCCGCUGCUCCCUCAGUCUGGCGCUCACACUCCCACCCUGCCUCAGCUGGUGUGGAAACGUGGGCACGGGCGCCAACACACGCCACCAGCUGCUAAGACAAAAACAAAAAAACUGCUAAGAGCUCAAAGAGAUGCUCACUUUGUACUCGUCUAAAAGGAAAUGACAUUUUGUUUUUUCCCCCCCAUCACAAAAAAAGGAUCAUCGGGGAGAUUCCUUUGUGUACUUACUGACUUGUAUGAUUUUUUGUGCGUUAAAAACGUGUAGUCUGCA